AUGGAGCGUAUUCCCCUGCCUCCCCAGACUCAAGCGAGGUCCAGCGCGACAUUUACCUCCCCUCCGAUGGACGGGUCAAUGUGCUUGACCCAGAUCUAUGAUUGGCAAGCUCAUCAUUCGCCUCGUCAUCGCUUAUUUGUCUUCAACAAUCGGGUGGGAAACGUCAGGACUAUACUCUGGAAAGAAGCUAUCGCUGCAAUAUACACUGGUGCUCGUUCCCUACGAGCGAAACUGGCUAAAGUUCUGAAUGAAAAAAACGGGGCACCAAUUGUUGCAAUCCUUACAACGACAGAUACCCUUACAUACUUCACUAUGAUAAUGAGUGUUCUGAGGGCUGAUUGCGUUGUAUUUCCGAUCUCCCCGCGAAAUUCAGCCGGGGCUGUUGCUCAUCUACUCGGAAAGGUUGGAGCCGAUCACGUCCUAGUGGGCCUCGAGGUCGCUAUGCAAGAAUUACUUCACGAAUCCUUGAAAUUAUUCAAGGCUAAGUUUGAAUCCAGGAAAUUACCUUCGUCGUCUCCUGUUUUUAGUUUUGAAGACCUUUUCCGUCCCGAUUGGGAAGACGCGUUCACGCUUCAACCAAACGAGCUCCCUCUCACGUUGGUCAACCUCCAUGACACGGUCUUGUACCUGCAUUCAUCUGGAUCGACCGCAUUCCCGAAACCUAUACCUGUAACGAAUCUUCGCUUCCUUCAGUUUGGGCAAAUUCCAUGGUUCGGCGAACAGGAUUGGAAUGACAAAGUGCUGUCGAUGCAUGUUGUGCCUAUGAUCCACGGCAUGGCUGUGAUGCAAACCUUUUGGGCGGCAUCCACUGGACUUGUCAUAUCAACAUUCGAACCCAAGUUCCCUCCCAUUCCACCGACACCCGAGAAUGUGUAUGAAGUGGCACGCGCUACAUCGACGGACGUUAUACUUUGCGUACCCUCAUUUGUUGAGGCUUGGGCCUGUCACCCGGAAUAUGUUCAGUGGCUUGCGAGUCGUUCUGGUAUUGUCAGUCCUUUUUACCGUCCUUCCUUCCAUGUUUUUAAGAACGCGUAG